CUGAACGAAUGUUUUACUUGAUAUAGUAAGUAAAAAGCUGCCAGGACGGAGUUUGUUUGGACGUUGUGGAAGUUUUCUUGUGAAAUCCUUGCAUUCGCGCAUUGAUUUGCAUGCCAUCUAGGAAACACAAACCAGGAACUAUGAACGGACAGGUUUUUCAAGUGCUUGGGCCAUUUGUGCUAACUCUUCUACUGACAACUGUCCCAGUUGUUCAAAGCGGGAAGGUUCUUGUGUUUCCAGUGGAUGGCAGUCACUGGGUCAACAUGAACAUCUUGGUGGAGGCACUUCACGCCAAAGGUCACGAUGUUACAGUCAUUCGGAUGGCAGACAGCUGGUACAUUAAAGAAUUCUCACCUCACUACACAUCAAUCACUCUGAGGUCUGAAGGAGGAUUUGGUGAAGAAUUCCUUGAGAAGUUUGUAUCGAGACUUUUAGGAAUUAUGAGGGAAGGUUCCACCUGGGCUCGUCUGAAGCUGGAGAUAGAGAUGUGGCAAAGUUCUAUUAAGAUGAUUGAAAUAGAAAGUGAGAUGAUAGUCAACAUGAUAGAAGACCAGCAACUAAUGCAGUCAUUAAAAGACGCCAAGUAUGAUUUGAUUCUGACUGAUCCGGCCAUGUUUGGAGGGAUCUUACUGGGUCACUAUCUCAAACUGCCCAUUGUCUACAAUGUCCGUUGGACAUUGUUCAGUGAGGCUCAUUUUUUUAUAGCUCCUUCUCCUCUUUCAUAUGUACCUUUUCCAAUGCUGGAAUUAUCAGACCGCAUGAGUUUCUUUGAAAGAGUGAAGAAUGUAGUGAUGUACGCCAUAACUGAAACACUGGUUGCUAUCUUGUUUACUCCAAUUAGUAAUGCACUUUGCGAACAGUUCAUCGGCCAAGGAACAUCCUACUUUUCUUUAACUCAGAGUGCUGAUCUGUGGCUCCACAGAGUUGAUUUUAUUUUUGAAUUCCCCCGUCCCACCAUGCCAAACAUUGUCUACAUGGGAGGUUUUCAAUGCAAGCCAUCAAAACCUCUUCCCCGGGAUCUGGAGGACUUUGUGCAGAGCUCUGGUGAUCAUGGUGUCAUCAUCAUGUCUCUGGGCACUCUCAUUGGUCAGCUUCCCGAUGAUGUGGCUGAGGCGAUUGCUGAAGCUUUUGCAGAACUUCCACAGAAGAUCAUCUGGAGGUACAAAGGAAAGAGACCAUCUGCUCUAGGAAACAACACCUUAAUGAUGGACUGGAUGCCUCAGAAUGAUCUUCUGGGGCAUCCUAAGACCAGAGCCUUUGUGGCACAUGGAGGAACCAAUGGGAUUCAAGAAGCCAUUUACCACGGGGUCCCAAUCAUUGGAUUUGGGCUGAUUUUUGACCAGCCUGAUAAUCUUGCAAAAAUGAGAGUACGAGGUGUAGCUAAGACUGUAGACUUUGCCACAGUGGAUAAGGACUCCUUCCUUAAAACUGUGAAAGAGGUGCUUUAUGAUCCCUCUUAUCGGGAGAACAUGCAGAGGCUCUCAAGGCUUCACAAGGACGUUCCAGUGAAACCUCUGGACAACGCCAUCUUCUGGAUUGAGUUUGUUAUGAGGCACAAAGGUGCUGCUCACUUGCGCACAGAGUCUUACAAAAUGCCCUGGUACUCUUAUCACUCUGUUGAUGUCAUACUGUUCCUGCUUUCUGCUGUGUCACUCAUAAUCUUGACUAUAUAUGCAGUAAUCAGAUAUUUCUGCUGCAGAAUAUGCAUGAGAAAAACAAAAAACAAACUAAAAUAAUGAGGAUGAAUAUGCACUUGUGUGAUUUGCAUUUCUUGCAUAACUUUCCUACUUUGUAUGGAAAUACAGUAAAAUUACGUUUAAAAUAAAUAUUUUAUCUUAUCCUGUGUUAUGUAAACAUCUUUCUAUCUAUCUCAGCUGAUCUCCAAAUAUACUUUGUUGUACCUAAAAAGAAGAAUACUUGGGGAAAUAGUAUUGUUUUAUAACCUUCCCAGUUAGCAGUAUAAUGUGCAUUUCUUUUUACAAAUGUCACACGUUUUCUUACCAAAAGGAAUUUUUCAUCAAUGGAAAACAAUAAACGUAUUACUUGACAUUCAGCAGACAUGUUUUAUUCUGAAUGACACAGUUCCACUGGGGCAGCCUGUUUACUGGGAUUAUGUAUUGCUCAAGAGCACAAUGGAAGUAGAUGUCUCCUGCUUAUGAUUCACAUCUUUGACUUCGCAAAGUUAGCAGCCUAGAUCAGGAUGUAAUCUUUCAUCACCUAAAGCAGAGGCUCUUAUUUCCAGUCCUCGGGACCCACAACAUUGCACAUUUUGUAUGUCUGCCUUAAAGGAUAGUUUAGUUCAUGCAGCUCUCAUGCUGAAGAUUUAAAUCAAGUAUAUACUGUAAGUAAGGGCAUAUUAAGGAUAAAAAUACUUAUAUGUGGGUCCCCAGGAGCUGAAAACCACUGCCUUAAAAAAAUGCUAUAGAUACAUUUUUGAGAUUAUAAUUUGCCUAUAACUUAUAUAGGUAGACAGAAUAAGGCAGAUGCCAGAAUGGAAUGUGUGACUUGUCCUCAUCUUUGAAAACUAGGAACAAAACAUUGAAAAAUAGAAGAUAAUAUAACCUAAAUAAACCCAAAAUAUAAUCCCCUGAAAAUGAGGCUAAGGGAUUGAGGAUGAGCAGGUUAUUGAUAUGCCAGUAGGUGGGUAACAGUGACCACUUUUAUGAGUUAACUGUUGAAUCAACAUUCAAGCAAUUUGUUCAAAAUGCCAAAUGUUUUAAGAAAGAAUUAAAAGGACU